AUGGGAGAUAACGUCUGCGGAUACCCGGGAUGCCCGGCUCAUGCCACGGUCACCUUCUCGAGGGACGACAUGUCUCCCGGCACUGUGGCGACGUACGUCUGUGAUGCUGGAUACGAGCUCCUCGGUCCGUCACGGAGGGUCUGCACCGUGAACGGAACCUGGGUGCCCGAAGGAAUCCCGUACUGCGUGAUCAACGUUGCCGCCGGCAAGGCCCCCCUGCAGUCUUCAACGGUGGCCGGCGGACUGCCUCAGAAGGCCGUUGACGGCAGCACCAGCGCCUUCUUCACACCUGAUACUUGCUCGCUUACAGAACCGGAACUGUCACAUGGUAGGAUGAAUGCCCUUGCAUAG